GAUGUACAUCGUCGCGCAUGUCGCGAUAUCAGUUUCCAGGGAAUCAAGAAUCACGCACACCAAUGUAGCCUUAUAAUAGUGCUUUAUAAUCAGGGACUGCUGAGGCAUCAACCUCAACUUCCUUCCGCCCGACGUCAAAUGAAUUUCCGAAACUUUCCUGCCGUAAACGUUGGCAUAAGUAUUUUUAAUUAACUACUUAUUGCUACUUGUACACUCACGACUGGUGAAAGAUGGCUGCAUUAAGUGGCUUCGUUGAAUUUUUCCAGAAAGGAAAGGUAACGCGGCGUUUAGAGACCUUCAGGCCUAAAAAGAAAUUUGCAUAUGGUACGCUGAGGUACUCUCUACACAAACAAGCGCAAGCUUCUCUCAAUUCGGGAAUCAACUUGAGAUCGGUGGUCAAAUUGCCACCGGGCGAAGAUCUGAACGAUUGGAUAGCGGUACACGUGGUAGACUUUUUUAACAGAAUCAAUCUCAUCUAUGGGACGAUAUCGGAGUAUUGCGACUCCGCUUCUUGCCCUACGAUGAGUGGGGGUGCGAGGUUUGAAUACCUAUGGGCUGACGGUGAUAAAUAUAAGAAGCCAACAGUUUUGCCUGCUCCUCAAUACGUUAGUCUGCUCAUGGAAUGGAUAGAGGCUCAGAUAAACUGCGAGACAAUAUUUCCUGUGUCUACAGAUAUUCCUUUCCCUAAAACGUUUGUACCUCUCUGCCGAAAGAUACUGACUCGUUUAUUCAGAGUUUUCGUCCAUGUUUACAUUCAUCAUUUUGACAGAAUCGUUGCGAUAGGAGCCGAAGCUCAUGUGAACACAUGCUACAAGCAUUUCUACUAUUUUGUGACAGAGUUUGAGCUGGUGAAUACGAAAGAAUUGGAACCACUAGCGGAGAUGACGUCCAAGGUUUGUAAAGAUCCGUUGUCAUCGCCAACGCACGCUGGUACUCCUGCUAGCAACACUAAUGCUAGGUAGUUUGUCCAAAAAUGUAAAUACAAUAAUUAUGGUAAUUAAUUUAUUACCACCCACUCAAAAAUCUCAAGUUUAGUAGAUAAGUUCUAAUGAGUAGGAUGAAACUCAAUCAAAAAGCAUAAGAACAAUUUUGUUCAUUUUUACUUCAAGAUACUCUACAAAUUUCUCACGUAUUAUAUGUACUCGUACAAAAACAAAAUUAAUGCGGGUGGAAUAUAGAAUUCCCAAAUAUGAAUUAUCAUAUGACCAUGUCACAAUCAUUUAUAAUGAAUUCAAGAGCAAUAAUCGAAGCCAUUGUCAUUAUGCAUUUGCCAUUUCCACCCCCUGUGUCAUUAGAAUCAUUUGUUAUAUUAUCUAACAACCAUGCAAUAAUAACAGACGUAAAUAAUGGAGAGUACAACAUUUAGCGUUUAGUUUCAAAAUAUAAAUAUAUAACGGAUACAAGUUAAUGAAUUGUGAACCUAAAAAAUCUUGGCAAUGCAAAAUAAUAAAUAAAUGCAUAAUAAUUGGUCAUCAAUCGUGAUAUUGUUGAUGUACUAAAGUUUUGAUAUACUAUCUUCGCAUUUACGUAUAAUUAAGCAUUUAGUAUUUACUGCGCUUCGCUUUGCCUUUUGUCAAUUGAAAUUGUUAGUGUCAUUUUGUUGUUUUCGACAGUGAUUUAUUGUUAUUGAUUUGUAUCAACUUAAUUACUCUAGUCAGUAUUGAAUCAAAAACUGUAAUAGUACUGUAACUGUAAUAGUUUUUUUUUCCUUCGUCACUUCCUACGUUCUCAAAUAUGAAUUUCCUUUUGGGGGUAUUUAAUUUUGUAUCAGUCUCAUAUUAUCGUGAUGUAACGCACAAAUAUACAUGUACUUA